CCGCCCCGCCCCCGCCCCCGCCCGGGCCCUCCGGAGCGUGUGCAGCGAGGAGCUGGCGGGCGAGCGGGCGUCCCCGCAGCCAGCGAGCGGGAGGAGGAGCCGCGCCGCGCCAGGGGCAGCCGAGGAGCCGAAGAGGGCGCCCCAGGUGGCUGCCCCUACCCUCUCCUGAGAUGUCAGGAAGGAGGGGACCACCUGUGUCCCCCACCGGGGCCCCCCAGAGCCUGGGGGCCCCCAGCCCUGGAGCCUGGAGGUGGAGGAGGUGCUGACAGGUGCUCAGCGAGAUGCUCGUCAGCCCCUCCUGCUCCCUCCCCAUCCUCCUCCUUUUCCUCCUCCCCAGCGUUCCAAUGGAGCCCCACCCCCCACCCUUACCACUGCCCCCCUUUCUAGCCCCUGAGUGGGACCUCCUGUCUCCCCGAGUAGUCCUGUCCAGGGGCACCCCCGCCGGGCCCCCUCUGCUCUUCCUGCUGGAGGCCGGGGCUUUUGGGGAGCCCGCAGGCCGCCCUGCCAACCGCAGCCGGCGAGGGGCGAGCGAGACAGCACCCGCAAGUCGCCGGGGAGAGCUGGCUGUGUGCGAUGCGGUCAGCGGCUGGGUGACAGACCGCCGGACGGCCGUGGACCUGCGUGGGCGUGAGGUGGAGGUGCUGGGCGAGGUUCCCGCGGCUGGUGGCAGUCCCCUCCGCCAGUACUUCUUCGAGACCCGCUGCAAGGCUGACAGCACCGAGGAAGGUGGCCCCGGUGGGGGAGGAGGGGGCUGCCGGGGUGUGGACCGGAGGCACUGGGUAUCUGAGUGCAAAGCCAAGCAGUCCUACGUGCGGGCACUGACCGCUGAUGCCCAGGGCCGCGUGGGCUGGCGAUGGAUUCGAAUUGACACUGCCUGCGUCUGCACGCUCCUCAGCCGGACUGGUCGGGCCUGAGGCCCAUGCCCAGGAACUGGGCGGGCAGAGGAAGAAGACGGCUGGAUCCCGAGGGACCUCAGGGGUGGCCUGACCGCUCCGGGCCUCAGUUUGGGAACUUGUGAAAUGGUCACACAAUCACAGCUUUCUGAUUCUGAGAGCUCAAUCCGUGCCAGACAGGUGGUGGAACCAACUGGGGUUUUGAAGGAUGAGUAGGAGUUCUCCUGGAUGAACUUGAGGGUAAUGAUGAUGAUAAUAAUAGCCCAAUUUUGCCGAGUGUCUACUGUUUAUCAGCGCUAAUACACAAUUUGUCAGAUCAA